UCCUGAUUGGUGAGGGGCCCCUGCUGGAGCUCAGCACCGCCUAGAGGAGCGACCCACCGCCUGAAUCUCCGCCGCUUAUUGGCGGAAAAUCCCUUCAAACUUUCCGCCUAAACGCAGAGCGGGCCGCCCUCUGCUGCUCUGCAGGAAGCCUCUUUCCUGGUUGGUCUGGAAGAAACCGUCCCGCGCGCUGCGCGGACAUAUAAAGGAGGGUUUUGGCUGCCGGGGCCACAUUUUCUUUGAGUCUCUACUCUAGAAAGAUCACACGAUGUCUGGAAGAGGUAAAACCGGAGGCAAAGCCAGAGCAAAGGCAAAGACCCGCUCCUCCCGCGCCGGGCUGCAGUUUCCCGUCGGCCGUGUCCACAGACUGCUGCGUAAAGGAAACUACGCGGAGCGCGUCGGUGCCGGAGCCCCCGUGUACCUGGCGGCGGUGCUGGAGUACCUGACCGCUGAGAUCCUGGAGCUGGCCGGAAACGCCGCCCGCGACAACAAGAAGACCAGGAUCAUCCCCCGUCACCUGCAGCUGGCCGUCCGCAACGACGAGGAGCUCAACAAGCUGCUGGGCGGAGUCACCAUCGCUCAGGGCGGCGUGCUGCCCAACAUCCAGGCGGUCCUGCUGCCCAAGAAGACCGAGAAGCCCGCCAAGAAGUAAACAACAACAACAACAAACAACACAACGGCUCUUUUAAGAGCCACACAUCUCAAACUAAAGACACACUUCCUGCUCUGACUUAUAAUUCAUGAUUAGAGUUUCUGUAGCUCCAAAGAUUCUCUUAAUCUCAUUCCUGACCUUUAAAAAUGCAUAAAUGUGAAUUGGGCUAAAUAACACUACCCCAAUAACUAAACAAACUAAAUACUGUUUCCACCAGUUAACAUUAGGUGAUGAUGGUACUGGGAGACCCCAGUGUGUCCCUGAGCAACACACUUAACCCUUAGUU